CGCUCGUCUGCCAGCAUGGCCUCGUUUGCGGAAGCAGCCAAGGCGCUUGCGGCGCAGAAGAUGACGACGACCGACAACGGCGCCUUGACCCAUGCGACGACGACCAGCGCCCGUGUCGACCUCUUUGCCGGCGUGCUCCGGGGCACGUCCCUCAACGAUCUCGAAGCCAAGCUGGUCGCCUCGUACGCCGAGGACCCGCUGCAUACGCUCAAGAUCAUUGCGUACAUUCGCGAUAUCCGCGGCGGCAAAGGCGAACGGCUUCUCGGGCGACAGGCCCUCGCGUGGCUGGCGACGCACGACACGCGCGCGCUCCUGCACAACCUCGAGCACUACGUCAGCGUCUACGGGCGGUACGACGACCUCCUCGCGCUCGUGGGCACGCCUGCCGAGACCUUUGCGCUCUCGAUCUUUGCGCAGCAACUCAAGAAGGAUCUGGCCGCGCUCCACGAUGGCAAGCCCAUCAGUCUCUGCGCCAAGUGGGUGCCGUCCGAGAACAAGAAGGCCGACAAGAAGGACCAUGUCAACGGCAAACUCGCCAAGCUGCUCAACGUGCGGUCGGCCGAGUUGCGCAAGACGUACUUGUCGCCGUUGCGCAAGUCGCUCACGCUGCUGGAGUCGCUCAUGUGCGCCAAGGAGUGGGAGAAGAUCAACUUGAACAAGGUGCCCAGCGUCGCGAUGAAGAACCAUGGCAAGCCCAAGCAUGCGUUCGAGCGGCAUCUCCCCGACGCCUUUGCGACGUGGAAGGCCGGUCUCAAGACGGGCGAGACCAAGGUCAACGCGGCGGUCCUCUAUCCGCACCAAAUCGUCGACGCCUACUACAAUGGCCAGCCCAAGGACGAGCUUUUGGAGGCGCAGUGGGCUGUUCUGGAGACGGCGACGCGGGCUCUGGGUACGCUCACGCAGACGCUCGUCAUGUCGGACGUGUCGGGCUCGAUGUCGGGUACGCCGAUGCAAGUGUCGAUCGCGCUCGGUAUCAUGGUGUCGUCGAUCGUCUCGGACGAGUUUCACAAUCUCGUGCUCACGUUCGAGUCGUCGCCGCGCUUCCAUCACAUUGACGGCGACAGCUUGCAUGCCAAGGUCAAGAGCCUCAGGGGUGCGCCGUGGGGCGGCAGCACGGACUUUGCUGCGGCCUUCCGCGCCGUCAUUCACCUCGGUGUCUCCAAGCAGAUCCCGCGCGAGCGCAUGCCCAAGAAGCUUAUUGUCGUCUCGGACAUGCAGUUUGACCGAGCGGAUCGCAACUUUGAGACCAACUAUGCGGUGCUCGCGAAAGAGUUUGCGGCCGCCAACUACGACGUCCCGCACCUCGUCUUUUGGAACGUGAACGGCAACGCGAUGGACUUUGCAGCGCUCGCGACCCAAGCCAGCGUGUCGCUCAUCUCGGGCUUCUCGCCCAACGUCCUCAAGGCCGUCCUCGCUGGGGAAGACGCGCCGACGCCGUUCCAGACGAUGCUCACGGCGCUGCUCGAUGUGCGCUACGACCUCAUUACACUGCCACCUGAGGCAGCCGACGCGGACCUGGGCUUUGAACUUGUCUAGGCCGUUGGAAGCGAUGGAUGUGUACUAGUAGUAGCAAAGAAUUGGUUGAUACAGAAAAUGUUUGUGGAUUGUGA